AGACAAGAAGUACUAGAAGAAUUAACAUCAUCACAGACACACGUCGGAGUGGUGCACAUCGUUUGCAGGUUAAUGGCGGCUCCUCGUGCCACUGUGCUGCUGCUGCUGCUCGUCAUGGUCGCGGUGGCGUCGGCGUCCGGCGGCGGCACACGGGAGCUGCGGGGCGGCGCGGCGGGGAGGAAGGUGGGGGGAAGGACGGAGGUGAUGGACGUGGAGGGGGACAGGGAGGUGCAGGAGCUGGGGCGCUUCUCCGUCGAGGAGCACAACCGCCGCCGGGACUGCUGCGGCGACGUCCGGCUGGAGUUCAGCAGGGUGGUCGCGGCGCAGCGCCAGGUCGUGUCCGGGCUCAUGUACUACCUCCGCGUCGCCGCCGCCGAGGAGGGCGCGGCCGCGGCCGACCAGAACGGCGGCGGCGAUCACCAUGCUCGCGUGUACGACGCCGUCGUGGUCGUCAAGCCCUGGCUCGAGUCACGCACGCUGCUCACGUUCGCCCCGGCCGCGGACUCGUCGUAGCACGUCUCGACGGUCUCGUGCGCGGCAGUCCAUCAGGCCUAAGUACGUACGUGUAAGAAUAAAAGUGAACUCGCGUUCAGGUGAGGUGCAGAUGGUGGUGCACUGCACGUAUAGUGCUGAUCCGUAGAGAGUAUCAAAGUGUUGCGGCGGUAGAUGUCUGUCCCCAAGGCUUUUUGUGUAGAGAAUGGGAGAGUGUGGCGAUAAAGUAAUAUAUUGUUGUUUUUUUUUACUUGUUCUCGGUGGCGGUUAUAUCAUGGGGCUAGAAGGUCUCUAGUUCCUAUUACCGAUACUAGUAUUAUAGAGAUAUUUUUAAGCUCCACUAAUUUUUUUUG